AUGGACACCAAGACAGAGGCCCACUCCGCCACCCGCACCCAGAGCCACGCCUGCCACUGGUGCAGUUGCAGCCGCUGUAGCCAGAGCCGCGGCCCGAGCCCCAGCGCGGCCAGCCACCGCAGCGGCGCCCCCGGUGGCCAGGGCGCCCGUCGCAGACGCACCAUGCGGGCCCCCCGCAGCUCGGCGCCCCGGGCCGUCGCCCACAGCAGCCCCUGCCCCAGGAACAAGAGGCAGGAGGAGAGAAAGGCCAAGAGAUGGCGAAGGAAGGCCGCCGAGCGGAGCCGCUGCGUGCACCAGGCCAGGAGGCCGGGCAAAGGAUGGAAAUAA